AUGCCAGAAACAUCAAAAGCACCCUCUGACUUGCCACAGAUCAGGUGGACCAAAACAGCAGGAAGUGCCUCUGACAGAUUUCAAGACUCAAGUGUCUUCAACGAAACUCUGAGGAUUACCAAUAUCCAGCGCCAUCAAGGAGGCCGCUACUACUGUAAGGCAGAAAAUGGCUUGGGUUCGCCAGCUAUAAAGUCAAUAAGAGUGGAUGUCUACUAUCUGGAUGAUCCAAUAGUGACAGUUCAUCAGAGCAUAGGGGAAGCAAAAGAGCAGUUCUACUAUGAGAGAACGGUGUUUCUCAGGUGUGUUGCCAACUCCAAUCCGCCUGUUCGGUACAGCUGGCGGCGUGGUCAAGAGGUAUUGCUGCAGGGGUCCGACAAAGGAGUCGAAAUUUAUGAACCCUUCUUUACCCAGGGGGAAACAAAGAUUCUGAAACUAAAGAAUCUUCGACCUCAGGACUACGCUAAUUACAGCUGCAUCGCUUCGGUGAGGAAUGUGUGCAACAUCCCCGACAAGAUGGUCUCGUUUAGACUCUCCAAUAAAACAGCCUCUCCAUCGAUCAAGCUCCUGGUGGAUGACCCUAUCGUGGUGAACCCUGGGGAGGCCAUUACGUUAGUCUGCGUGACGACGGGAGGAGAACCGGCUCCCAGCCUCACCUGGGUCAGAUCCAUUGGGGUCCUGCCUGAGAAAAUCGUCCUGAACGGUGGGACCUUAACGAUACCUGCCAUCACUUCAGAAGACGCUGGCACCUAUAGCUGCAUAGCCAAUAAUAAUGUGGGCAACCCCGCAAAAAAGUCCACCAACAUCAUUGUAAGAGAAGCCCAUGACUUUGAGGUUCUGGAUGCCUAG